UUGUGACGACGCAGCAUCGCUGUUGUUCCCACUGAAGUCGAGCCUUCUUCACUUGGCGACGACGAGCAAUGGACGUGAACGGGGACGCGGUCCAUGAUACACUCAGCAAGGCGGAGAGGGCAGAUGUGGCGGCGGUCGUGAACCUGAUCCUCAUUAGGUGUCAAUUGCAGAGGACCGAGGGGAGGAUGAGAGCGGCCAUUCGCGCACGCCGGAAGAAGACGCUGCAGUCCAUGCAUGUGGACGAAGAGAGCAGUGGUGCCAUUUGCGGCGCCGUCCUGCAGGUGUGCUAUGCCAUGGGGUGUGGAGCAUUUUCCAGAGCGACGCCCAGGAGGUGGAUGAGCGACGAACAGGGGAGGUGUGGGAGGAUCUGCGGCAAUGUGACGGAAGACUACUUCAAGGAGAAGCUGCGCAUGUCGCCACGGGUGUUCCGGGAGAUAGCGGAAGCUCUGUCUCCCUUCCUUCAACAGCGUGUCACUUUCUAUAGGGAGCCCCUCCAGCCUGACCUCAUUGUAGCGUACGCUUUGUACAGAUGGGCGUCGGGGGAGACGUACAAGAGCGGGAUAUGCAGCUUCGGCAUUGGCAGAAAGUCUGGGUUGGUGGCUGUGCGGGAUGUGACUUCGGCGUUGCUGAGGGAGGACUACUACGACAGAAAACGUCGUUUCUCCGUCCAGGCUCGGGUGGUCGUCGAUCUCAACUUGCGCGUGCUGGAUGUGUUCGUCGGAUAUCCAGAGAGUUGCCAUGACGUGAGGAUCGUCCACCUGUCCAGUUUAUGGGCGUGCGCGGAGGCAGGGGAGCUUUUCACUGGGCCACCUGUCAUGCUGCCUUUCGGUGUGCGGACGAACGGGUAUCUGCUGGGCGACAACGGUUACCCCCCCUCCGAAUGGGUAGUCGUCCCCUACAGCGGUCUAUCACAACACCCGUCGAAGUCGCGGUUCGACAACAAGCAGAAGACGGCGAGGGGAGCAGUCGAGAGGGCUUUCGGCAGAUUGAAGGGGAUUUGGAGGUUGUUCCUUCGCUCCCACAAGAAGAACAUGGAGACGUUGCCGCAACAAUUCGUCGCCGUUUGCAUUCUAUACGACAUACUCGUCAACGUGGGCAUCCCGUUCGACGACAAUCUACUGUGGGAGGUUGGGUCGGACGGUAUUCGUCGCAGGGUGGACCUUGGGAUGCACCGCCCGUUGAGGCAGAUAUGCAUGGAGUCGUCAACGGGGGAUGCGCUGAUCCUGCGGGAUGCACUGUCGGAGUGAAUCGAUACGCAGUGAAGAUGGCCAGUCGUUGGAAGCGGGCGGCAUGCAACCAGAGAGAGAGAGAGAGAGAGAGAGAGAGAGAGAGAGAGAGAGAGAGAGAGAGAGAGAGAGAGAGAGAGAGAGAGAGAGAGAGUAGAACCGACGGCAAUCCCGGCUUCAGAGCGGCGGGCUGCGAUGGCGUCGGUGCGGCGAGAAAGCGUGCGGAUGGUGGUCUGUGUUGGUGUCGUUCUCCUUGUCGCUCCGUUUUGUGGGAGCAGGGAGUUCAUCGACCGCUGCCUGUAUCGGUGGGCAUUGGCGUGCAUGCGGCGGCUUGUCUAGCGCACUUUAGUUUGGUGUACUUUCGCACUGCGCCGCACUUAGGAGGUGUCGCCGGGUGGGGUUUAUGGCAACGGCACAGUCCAAUGCGUCGUCAGCGGGGGCUUCGUCACGCGCGUGUAAUUGUCUGUCUUUGCGAUGAUUUCUAGUGUGGCGCCACCUGUGAUAAAGCAUUGGUUGAAUC